CUAAGACGCGGGACCUUGAGACAGAGCGCGCCGAGUCUAGCGCCAAUUCUCCCAACAGAGCUUUAAGCUGAUUGGCGGGAAGGUUAGAGGGACGCCCCCAUUGUAAACGCCUGAUUGGUCGGAUUGUAAAAAUAUGUUCCAAGGCGCCAGAAUAGAAGCUUUAGCGCCUAGUGGAGUCUCCAGGGCAGUAGCGAAGCGGCCGGUAGACGCACGUCGCUGGCAGAGAUAGAAAUUGCAGGUGGGAUAAGGGGUCCCUCUUCCCUUUGGAAUACCUCCGAUGCCCCUCAGGGGUGAGCUUAGCGAGCCUGGAGACGCCGAGCCUGAAACCCAGGGAUCCCUUUGAGAAAGAGUGUCGAGAAAUAUGGAGUUGAAUUGUUUAACACUAAAAGACCUGAUUAGCCCGAGACAUGGGAAGAUGGAUUACAUAAAUGAAGAUGGAGACAGUGCACAAAAGGAAAAUAUAUUUGAUCGACCUAGAAUGACCCCAAAGACUCCCAUGAAAAAUGAGCCCAUUGAUUUGUCCAAGCAAAAAAUCUGUACUCCUGAGAGAAGCCCAAUUACACCUGUGAAGCUGACAGAUAGGCCUCUUGCAGAUCCAUGGACUCCAACAGCUAACCUAAAGAUGCUUAUUAGUGCUGCUAGUCCUGACAUGCGGGACAGGGAAAAGAAAAAAGAACUCUUCAGACCAAUUGAGAACAAUGAAUUCAGUGAUGCUCUCCCCGAUUCCUCACAGUGUGAUACUGCAGAUGAUGGAAUUGCAGAUGAAUAUGAAAAGCAAAGACCCAGCAGAAAACAGAAAAGCUUAGGAUUGCUGUGUCAAAAAUUUUUAGCUCGCUAUCCUAGUUACCCUUUAUCAGCAGAGAAGACAACAAUUUCUUUGGAUGAAGUGGCGUCCAGUCUUGGAGUUGAACGCAGGCGAAUUUAUGAUAUAGUGAAUGUCCUGGAAUCUCUUGAUCUUGUUAGUCGAGUUGCUAAGAAUCAGUAUUGUUGGCAUGGUCGCCACAGUUUGAGCCAGACUCUGAAAAAACUCCAAGAAAUAGGAGAGAUUCAAAAAUAUGAAGAACUCAUGACUUCUUUCCAGCAGAAAGAACUCGACUUUGAGUGUAGGUUUGGAGAACACAAAAAAGAGAGCUUUGUAGAUUUCCAAGAUCGACAAUUGCUUGACUUCUCAGAGACAGAUUGUCAAUCUGCAUCUGCAAACAGCAGAAAGGACAAGUCAUUGAGGAUUAUGAGCCAGAAAUUUGUCAUGCUGUUCCUUGUCUCCAAGACCAAGAUAGUCACUCUUGACAUAGCAGCAAAAAUAUUGAUAGAAGAAAGCCAGGAUACUGCUGAUCACAGCAAGUUUAAAACAAAGGUAAGAAGACUGUAUGAUAUAGCUAAUGUCUUGACAAGUCUUGGGCUCAUCAAGAAAGUGCAUGUAACAGAAGAAAGAGGUCGUAAACCAGCCUUCAAAUGGAUUGGGCCUGUAGAAUUCACUGGAAAUAAUGGUGAUACAAAAAUGGAAGUUCGAACCUGUGCUACUCUUACUGAAGUGAAAAGACCAACCCGUGUUCCACAUCAAGCUUACUCUAAUAGAAAAGAUCGACUGUCACGCCAUGCUUCUUUCAGUGUUCCUCAGCCUUCUGAAAUGGUCAAAAGGAAAGUUAGUUCUGAACCAAGCAGCCCACACAAAGAAAGGCAAGAUGAUUACUGUUCUAAAAUGAUAAGCCUAGCAUCUGUUUGCUGCCAAAAUUUGGAAGAUAAUAAAAGAAGUAUUGAAGCAGCAAGAAAUAUGGGCAUCAUUUCUUCCUUCUCAGUUUUUCCUGUUCCAGAAGAUUCAGACUAUUGUGCUAAUGUCUUCUCUUGCUUUCCUGAAAAGACCAACUCAGAUGCAUCACAUCGGUCUUUACAAAAUGGGAUAAACAAUCAAAAUGUACCAUCAUCUGCUGUAUCAGCUUCCAAAACUGAGACAAGGGAAACCAAUGCACUCCCCAGCCAACCUUUUGUUUACUUGCCAUCUCCAUCCCUUUAUAUGCUGUGUGGCAAACUUCAUGAAAGUCAUUCACGGGAAAAUUUUCCAGAAAAAAGAAGUGAAGACACAGAAGGCCAUGUUUCCCCUUGCUCAUCAGAAACUACCAAAUCUCCAGUUUACUUUCGCAAGCGGAGUUCCCAGAAGUAUAUACCUCCCACUGCAGCUCCAUUUGAAGAGGCAUCCGUAGCCAAAAGACAAAGCCUGGAGCAGAGCGAUGGUCCCAUUUCAUUAGUAGUACCCAAGAAGACCAUUCAGCCAGCUGAUGCAAAAUCUUCCUCAGACAAUAACCACAGCUCCCUUGACCAACAGAAAGGCUUUCAACUUGAAUCAGGGACUUCUGAAAUUCUGGAAACUGUCAUAACAGCAACCCAGGACCAUGAAGAACCACACAGGAAUAAAGAUGUAAAAGAAAACUUGAAAGAAAAGGAACAAACCUCUCAGGAAAAUAGCAAACCAUCUUUUUUACCACAGUAUCUCUACGUACAGCCUCCAGCUGGAUUAAAUGGUUUUAAUUUCCUGUUUCCUACCAACCAAGCCUCUGCUCCUGUCAGCCUACCUUCAAGCCGCUUGCCUUCACUUAAUGUUCCUUGUAUGAUGGUUCCAUCUACUGCAUUGGCACCAUUCCCUCUUAUCUAUUCCUCGGCAGGAACAAGCCAACUUCAUUCUUCAUCUUCUGCCUCUUUCUCAAAUGUCAGUUGCGUGAAUUUUAGUAUGCCUGGCUUGACUUCUACAACUCCUGUUUUCAUUGGAACCCCUGCUGUGCUAACUCCAAAUUCAUCACAGAUACCUACACUGGAACCACACCAGCAGUUUCAUUCAGCUGUACAUCUGAAUCCUCUCCUUGGAUCUGCUUGCAACUCCGUUAAAACGGACUCAUCAAUUUGCAUGGGACAUCCAGUUACUCUUCUGAAUCUACCACAGCCUUCUACAACUCCACUAACUCCUAAGAAUAUGCGUCCAACAACUCAAGAAACAUUUUUCAAGACACCUGGCAGUCUAGAAGAUCCUAUUCUAUGGCGGAAAAAUGAAGGCAACCAGAGUAGAACAUCAAGUUCUGUUCAAAGAAGAUUAGAAAUAUCCAGCAAAAGCUCUGACUAACCCAGCCAAUUACUGCAAUAUGGGUAGCUUAGAAAAGAGUCUUCUACUUAUUACAAGGGAAAAAAUUAUUGCAUUAAAAAGAGAAAAUGUGUAAAUUUUGUUCCAUAGGUACAUUUGCCUCCCGUGCAUUUGCCCAUUACUUAUCUUUCUCCCUCAUGAAUACCCUAGGUGUGUAAAUAUCAAUUUGGAUUAGAAUUCUAAUUACGCAAAUACUAUUUUUUUUAAUUCCAGAGCUGAAAAAAAAUAAAAUGUAUCAAAGAGAUAAGCAAGUUUAACUAUGACCCAAAGUCCAAAACUGGGGGAGAGGGCCUGGCUAGCACUUAAAUUGUGGGGACACCCUUUACAAGGGUUCUAUUUAUCCUGUGUUGAGGGGGGUUGGCUGAAGGGCAGCAAGAACAGGGUCUGCUGAGACUGAUUUAGUCAGUAACAUUUGUAACUUCAAAGCAGACUUUUGCAGAGUGCUUGAAUGUGACUGACAGAUGUACACUUUUUCCUGCACUUGUUAAGAAAAAGCCUAAUUUACAGUAAUGAACGAAUGUAUUCACAUGAAUUACUUUAAGGCCAAAAUAACUGUGAACUUACUUUUGUAUUAAUGAACUUUGUAAUUUCUCUUGUGUUUUUUUUCCUGCACAAAAUGUUCAGGUUGUUAGUAAUUGUCUCAAAAACUUUUUUCCUAAAAUUGUAGAGGCAAAAAGAUUGUUUCAAGAAUCAUCAGCCUCUAAAAUGUUUACUGUAAAAUGUAGCUCUUCCCUAGUUUAAAUAUAUGAGGGAGCUGCAAUUCUUGAGCCAGGAUUUCUUUUAUAGCAUUACACAGAGCUCAUCUUAACUGCAAUUCUGCCAAAGGAACUGAAAGAAUUAUCUUUGACUGAUGUGACUGUAUUGUGUAGUUGUACGAAUUCCACAAUUAAUACUCCCAAAUGUUCAUUAAGAAACACUUUAACCACAAUAUUUAUGGCAUGAGUGACCAUUGAAGUCAGAAGGAACAUAUGAUGUAGGAAAUGGAAGAGCUGCAGCCUAAUAUGAGUUAAAUUAAUCAAUGAACCAUUUUUUUUAAUUAACAGAAGGAGAAACUUGUAGUCCACAACUACUUGAGGGCAAUUUAUAUUCACAAAGUAAUUACUAGUAUUCAAAAAUUUAAUAGAUUAAAAUACCUUAAAUGGCACAGAUACUGGAUUUUUAAAAUUAUCAUGUUACUUUUGAGUUUAUAAUCAAGUAAAUGGCCUUUUUUAACCUAGAAUGACUUUGAAUUCAUGAUGUAUAUUUCUUAAGGUCAGACACAUUUUCUGAUCUAUCAUUUCAUUAAGUUUUAGGAAGAAUUAUGGCUUUAGUGUGUUUAAUUCUGAAUAAUGGAAUAUGUUACCAAAAGGAGGUUAAAGAUGAACAGUUUUAGUGGAGCUGAAAUUGAGAAUAUAAUAACUUCCUGUUACAUUAAAUCAGUAAGAACCUUACAUGGAAGGUAUUUGAUAAGAUUUAAAUUUCUUAAAUCUCAACAGUAAAAUCAUUUUGGGAGAUUUAUUGUUAAUUUUAAAAAUAUUUUACACUACAGAAUUAGCAGGUUUAUGUACCUUUAUCCUGGUACAUAUGUGUGCAUUCAGGUGUGGCCCAAUGAAAUGACGUUUUUCUGUUACUGCAGCAAGAGACAACUCAAAAUAGACUUGCUGUUAGUGGACAGACCAUGCAGUGCCCCUGACCUUUAUGAGUCUUUCCAUAUAGAGAAAAACUAAGGGUGGGUUAAAGCUCUCAGAUAUAAAGUCAAGUGUGUUUUAUUUUGUUUCAUAAUUUACUAUCCUUUCAUGUUUCCUGCUUCUUGGGCUAUGUUGAUCUCAUUAAACAAGGAAAGUGAAAGUGAAAUAAUUUCACUGGCAUAGCUUCUUUCAGUUAAUAUAUUUAUUCAAAACAACUAGCUUUGCAAAACUUGGAUGCAAAUAGAAUGAUCUGGAGGCCUAAAUGCCUAUGAAAUGCUGACAUGAACAUUUGAACGAGUAAAGAGCAUCAUUUCCUAGGAAGAGAUGGGAAAUUCCUCUGUUUGAACUGUUUAACCCUCUCCUCAGUGUACCGGUAACACAGUCUCUGCUGGUCUUGUAGUUUCUAUCUGUUCGAUCUAAUAAAGAGGUUGAUGAGCAAAAGCAGGAUCCUAAGUGCUAUAAGUAUGCUGAGAAGGAAAGCCAAAUCAAAUCUAUAGCCAGGUUGAUAGAGGAAGGUGAAAUGUACAUUGAGGCUUCUUUUUAUCAAAGGGGUUGGCAAGAUUAACUCUUCUAAGCAGAAAUGCAGGGAUGCAGCUUGGUGACCAAGAGCCUCUUGCCUGACAGAAUGCUGAGAUUAUUAUGAUUGCAAUAACUAUUCCCCAAAAGCUAUGGCAAAACUGCUUCAAGAUAAAGGGCUCCUUAGCUUAAGACUGAUACAGGGCAUGUGUACAGUGCUAAAUUGUACAGGAUUUCAGGGCUUUUAAAACCUUCAUGUUCUGGUACACAAAGGUUUGCUGUGGAGGGAGGGAGGGUAUGUAUAAUUUAUAUACUUGAAUCUACAUACCACGUUUACAUUUCUCAAUUUAUGUAAAGGUGCUAUUCCUGUAUUUAAAAGCUGUGUGUGUUUUAUAAUGUAAAGCUGCUUUAUGUUUAUAACAUUGCACUGCUAGUUUAUUAUCUUGAUAUUAACUUUACAACUGCUUAUGGAUUUCCUUCAUUGAAUAGAAAUUACUUCUGUCUUAGGUUCCUUGCUACACUCUGCAUAUAAGACUAUUAAGAACCCACACUAUUGCUGGAGAAGCAUAUUUUUAUACUUUCAGUUAGAGAACUAAUCUUUAUAAUAUAAUAAAAAUAAAGCCAAACAUUAAA